GUGUGCAGGCACCGGGCUCUCUCUGCUGCUCCUCACACACUGAGCUGGACCCAGGCUCUCCAGCACCAUGAGUGGUGUUCGCCGCCAGCUCGGAUUCCUCCUCCUGGCUGAAGCAGUGCUGUGUGCUGCUGCCCUACGGUUUCGAGAUGUGCUAAGUGAUGGAAAAACUCCUCCUGCCACAUCCUACAAGACGAUACCAGGAUGGUCUAGUGAUCAAAAUACAUGGGAUGAAAAGCUUUAUCCUGUCUGGGAAGAAGGAGAUCCCAGAUGGAAGGAUUGCUGGAAAGGUGGAAAGGUGAAAGCGAAAAUGGAGACUGAUAGUCCAGCACUGAUAGGAUCCAACGUGACCUUUGUUGUGGCUCUCCAGUUCCCCAGGUGCCAGAAAGAAGAUAGAGAUGGCAACAUAAUAUACAACAGAAACUGCACCUGGGGUAGGUAACAGCAGUUUCCCUCUUCUGAGGGCCAGCAAUCAUACAUCUACAACUGGACUGAAUGGACCGACAACUGUGGCUGGGAAAACUGCACAAGAAACCACAGCAAUCAUGUAUUUCCAGAUGGCAGACCUUUCCCUCCUCAUCAUCCUGGCUGGUGGAGAGGGCACUUUGUCUAUGUUUUUCACACAUACGGUCAGUACUACCAAACAACUGGACGAUCUUCAGCAAUAUUUUCAGUCAACACAGGAUAUGUCAGUCUUGGCAAACACAUGAUGUCAGUAGCUGUUUACAGGAGAGGACAUUCAUCACACAUUCCAAUUGCAAGAACAAAUGUCCCUUACAUUGUAACAGACAAAAUUCCAAUAUUUGUGAGUAUGUUCCAAAAACAUGACCGCAACGUCUCAGACUCCAUUUUUAUCAAAGACUCACCAAUCAUAUUUAAGGUGAACAUCCAUGAUCCCAGCUACUAUCUUAAUAAUUCUGCCAUCUCCUACAAGUGGAACUUUGGAGAUGGAAGUGGCUUGUUUGUGGCCAGUGGUUCUAGUACAUCUCACAUCUAUGCUCUGCAAGGAAACUUCACUUGGAAUGUAACUGUCCAAGCCAUUAUACCUGUACCUUGCAGUCCAGUAACACCCGCUGCACCAGUGCCCACCUCAGCAGAAGUGUUUAAUUAUAUCAAACCUUCCACAGUAAGAAGAACUGUGCCAACUAAUUCAGCUCCUUCUACCACUGCUAUGUCAAUGGAAGAUAAUCCUGAUGCAGGUUGCCAUAUUUACAGAAAUGGACACUAUGGAACUGACAUCUCUGUUGUAGAGGGAAUCUUUGAGGUAAAUAUUAUUCAGAUGACGAGCAUCCCGAAGACAGAAAGUCAAGCUGAAAAGUCACUGGUUGAUUUUGUUGUUACCUGCCAAGAGGGUCUUCCCACAGAUGUCUGCACAGUUGUUUCCGACCCCACAUGCCAGGUGUCCCAGAGUAUGUUAUGUGACCCCAUCCUGGUCACUGAUGAAUGCUUAAUAACCGUCAGGAGAACUUUUGAGGAACCUGGAACAUACUGUAUAAAUAUCACCUUGGGGGAUGACACAAGUCAAGCCCUCACCAGCGCACUGAUUUCCAUAAAUGAAGGAUCAUCAUCAGUGGCAACAGGAGGUAUCUUUAUCUUCCUUGGUUUGUUGGCAGUGUGUGCAGCCAUUGGGGCUGUUUUCCUUUACAAGAAAUACAAGCAGUACAAACCUAUUGAGAAAAGUGCAGGACAAGCGGAGAACCAGGAGGGACAAGUUUCUUUCUUCAGCACUUUGAAAACACUUCUCUUCCCCAGUAACACUGAGAGAAAUCCUCUGCUGACAAGCAAGAUAGGCACUGUUUAAAUCUUUAGUCUAACACUGACUAUUAGAUUACAUACA